CUGCCUGUACAGUAAGGACCCAAUAUGGCAGCGGCGGUAGCAGUGGCAACGGCAGCUGGAGGACCGGCCGCCCCAUAGACCCACCCCGCCUCGCGCACCAGCCUUGCCGCUUCCUCUGCUUGGGUGCUUCUCGGGCCUGACUUCCCCUUUCUCCCACCUUCCCGGCACCGCGGGAAAAGCAGCGCAGGGCAGAGCAGGCAGGGAGCGCGGCCGGAGCCCGGACACGGGAGCCUCCCAGUCAGUUCAAGACCCGACAUGAGGGAAAAGGGCCGUAGGAAGAAGGGCAGGACCUGGGCGGAGGCCGCCAAGACGGUCUUAGAAAAAUACCCCAAUACACCCAUGAGCCAUAAAGAAAUUCUUCAAGUUAUCCAGAGAGAAGGACUAAAAGAAAUCAGAAGUGGGACUUCCCCGCUUGCAUGCCUGAAUGCAAUGCUGCACACAAACUCGCGAGGUGAAGAAGGCAUCUUCUAUAAGGUUCCAGGUAGAAUGGGAGUAUAUACUUUGAAGAAGGACGUGCCCGACGGGGUGAAGGAGCUGUCAGAAGGCUCGGAGGAGAGCAGUGACGGGCAGUCGGACUCGCAGAGCUCCGAGAACAGCAGCAGCAGCAGCGAUGGCGGCAGCAACAGGGAGGGAAGGAGGAGCAGAUGGAAGAGGAAAGUAUCGUCUAGACUGUCACAGCCAUCCUCUCCCCAGUCAGGCUGCCCAUCACCCACCAUCCCAGCAGGUAAAGUCAUUUCUCCAUCACAGAAGCACAGCAAGAAGGCACUAAAGCAGGCUCUGAAACAGCAGCAGAAGCAGCAGGGCAGGCCGAGCAUGGCCGUGCCCUCCAGCCAGCCCCUCUCUCUGAAGACCGUCAGAGCGGCCAGUGACUCUGUGCCUGCCAGACCCGCACUCUGGGAAGGAAAACAAUCUGAUGGACAGUCAAGCAGCCCUCAGAACUCAAACUCUAGCUUUUCUUCUUCAGUUAAAGUGGAAAGUCCUUUGCUAGGCUUGGGAAAGAAGUCAUUCCAGAGGUCUGAUAGGCUCCACACAAGGCAAAUGAAGAGGACUAAAUGUGCUGAAAUUGAUGUUGAGACACCAGACUCCAUUCUGGUCAAUACAAAUCUGCGAGCAUUGAUCAACAAACACACCUUUUCAGUCCUUCCUGGAGAUUGCCAACAGCGACUGCUUUUACUACUUCCAGAGGUGGAUCGACAGGUUGGUCCAGAUGGUCUGAUGAAGUUAAAUGGCUCAGCCCUUAACAAUGAGUUCUUCACUUCAGCAGCCCAAGGCUGGAAGGAAAGACUCUCAGAAGGUGAGUUUACACCUGAGAUGCAGGUGAGAAUUCGACAAGAGAUUGAGAAGGAGAAAAAAGUAGAACCAUGGAAAGAACAAUUCUUUGAAAGCUACUAUGGUCAGAGUUCUGGCCUGAGCCUUGAGGAUUCAAAGAAAUUGACAGCGUCACCCAGUGAUCCCAAAGUAAAGAAAACCCUGGCUGAACAACCAAAAUCCAUGCUUCCUUCCGAGGCCUCUCCUGUCAGUAUAGUCCCAGUAAUUCCCCAAUUAGAGUCUAAAGAAGUCAUGCAAAUGUCAUCACCAGUCAGAAAAGAAGAGCACGAAAGCCAAGACAAGGUGCAGCCAAACUCCAAAUCCACUGAGCCCCUACUUUGCUCUUCUAGCAGUACAAAUGAGCUUAGCAGUGUUUUCCCCACCAAGUGCCCAAAGGAUGAGGACCGCUUGGAGCAGAAGCCAGUUGCCUCUGCUGAACAGGAGUCUGAGAAAGAGAAUCAUCUCACUGCAACUUCUAAUUAUAUCAAAAAUGAAAGCCAAGAAGCUUUAGUUACAUCCCCAAGCAAACCCAAGAGUCCUGGGGUGGAAAAACCAAUAGUGAAGCCCAUGGAAGCAAGUCCACAGGAGCCCGCUGUGAAAGAGCCUUCAUCAGCUCUGGCUGAUCACAGCCCAGAGAGUCUCAAGAGGAAAUCUUCUCUCAUCCAAGAAGAGGCCCCUCUGAGCUGGGAGAAAAGGCCACGUGUCACUGAGAAUCGCCAGCACCAGCAGCCAUUUCAAAUCUCGCCACAGCCCUUUCUCAAUAGAGGGGACAGGAUCCAGGUGCGAAAAGUACCUCCUCUCAAGAUCCCGGUCUCCAGAAUCUCCCCCAUGCCUUUUCCUACACCGCAGGUCUCUCCCAGGGCUCGUUUUCCAAUCUCCAUCACUAGUCCUAACAGAACAGGAGCCAGAACUCUUGCAGACAUCAAAGCAAAAGCCCAGCUGGUCAAAGCCCAGAGGGCAGCAGCUGCGGCUGCAGCCGCGGCCGCCGCAGCCGCCUCAGUUGGAGGGACCAUUCCAGGACCUGGCCCAGGGGGUGGACAAGGUCCAGGAGAGGGUGGGGAAAGGAGAACUGCUAAAGGAGGGAGUCCAGACUCGGACAGAGCCAGUGAAACUGGAAAGGGCCCCGCACUGGAACUGGCAGGAACUGGAAGCAGGGGAGGUACGAGAGAGCUUUUACCCUGUGGUCCAGAGACUCAGCCCCAAUUUGAGACCAAGACCCCAGACCAGGCACAGCCUCAUAGUGUCUCUGGAGCACAACUACAGCAAACCCCCUCAGUGCCUCCAGCAUCUGCCAUCAGUGGACCCUGCACAGAUGUCCCAUCACCAGCCCACACUAACACACCCCCACCAGCUUUAGGGAGACCGGAUAAUGAAAAACUGAACAACGCCAGGACAGCAGCCACAGUGGCCUCUCUGCAAGGGCCCAAUAUUUGCAGGCAGGAGAAGGCACCUUCAGCUUCAACAGAUCCUGCUCUAAUCUCAGGGGCCUCACCUGCUCAUUUUUCAGCAGAUGGCACAGGUGAGCCCAGAGCAGAUUCUGGUCAGAACAUACCAAACCCUUCGACCUCAGCAGAGACAACAGCUAGUGCUUCAGUGGGUGCAACUCCCUCUGCUCUAACAUCUGUAUUAACCACAGCCACUUUAGAAAAGCUUCCUGUAUCCCAGGCCAGUGUGACUGUAGCACCUACUGGAUCAGCUCCAUCCUCGAGCACUUUGCCAGCAGCUUUUAGCCUUAAAACUCCAGGAACGUCUGUAAAUAUGAAUAUGAAUGGACCCAUUCCAAGGCCGAGCUCUAGUAUCCCUGCUAAUAAUCCUUUGGUCACCCAGCUGCUCCAGGGCAAAGAUGUUCCCAUGGAGCAAAUUCUGCCUAAACCUCUCACCAAAGUUGAAAUGAAGACUGUUCCACUGACUACAAAAGAGGACAAGGGGGCAGGAGCACUCACAGGCACCAACAUAACAGAAAAUAGCUCCGGAGAGGAAGGUACUGAGAGGCCAUCUCAGCCAGCUCUACAGCAGCUGAGUAAAACCUUGCAAAGUAAGCAGCUCCCCCAGGUUCCAAGACCCUUUCAACUCUUUUCAGGUAAGGAUCUGAGGGACUCUUGCAUUGACACACACCAAUACCAAGAAGGACUGAGUAGAGCAACCCAAGAUCAGAUUCUUCAGACUCUCAUCCAGAGGGUUCGGAGGCAGAAUGUUCUCUCCCUUGUACAGCCCGCUCAGUUCAACUUCACUCACUCAGGUUUCCAGUUAGAAGACAUCUCCACAAGCCAGAGGUUCAUGCUGGGGUUUGCUGGCAGAAGGACAUCAAAGCCUGCAAUGGCAGGUCACUACUUACUCAAUAUUUCCACCUAUGGCCGGGGUCCAGAGAACUUGAGGAGGACCCAUUCUGUCAACACAGAAGACCGUGUUUGUGUGAGCAGCCCCACAGAGGCCUUGAAAAUGGGACAUACAGACAGUAAAUGUGCAACAGGUGAUAGUAGCAGUGGCAGGGAAGAAGACAGUGACGAGGAAAGUACUGGUGAUGAGCAGGAAUCUGUCAUGGUGAAGGAGGAGCCCCAGGCUUUUCAGAGCUCUGGCAAGUGUGAAGCAAGUUCAGGACCCCACAUAAGAGAAGCUCUAUCGACCAGUGAUGGUUUAGCUAAAAAGAAUGUGAAGGCAGAAACACCAGUGCAUGAGCAAACCACUUUAAGCAAGGAGAAUUACCUGUUCACUAGAGGCCAAACAUUUGAUGAAAAGACCCUAGCCAGAGAUUUUCUUCAGGCAGCACAGAAGCAAAUGGCUCAAGCAGUAAGAGGUAAGACAAUGCAUAGCAGUCCUGAGCUGUUCGAUUCUACCAUUCUUCCUUUACCUGCAGAUAGUCCCACCCAUCAGCCUCUCCUCCUUCCACCACUGCAAACUCCAAAGCUUUAUGGAAGCCCCACACAGAUUGGGCCAAGCUACAGAGGCAUGAUCAAUGUCUCCACUUCAUCUGACAUGGACCAUAACUCUGCUGUACCGGGGAUGCCUGACUGUAGCCAGGUAUCUAGCAACGUAGGUGAUGUCAUGUCCUUUUCUGUGACUGUCACUACCAUCCCUGCUAGUCAAGCUAUGAAUCCCAGCAGCCAUGCCCAGACCAUUCCUGUUCAGGCCUUUCCGGAAGAGAACAGCAUAGAGGACACACCUUCCAAAUGUUACUGCCGAUUGAAAGCCAUGAUCAUGUGUAAGGGGUGUGGAGCUUUCUGCCACGAUGAUUGCAUUGGCCCCUCUAAACUGUGUGUCUCCUGCCUUGUUGUUCGGUAAUGAAACUAGAAAGGGAACACACUAUAAAGGAGGUGGGAAGGGUUGUCAAGUGUUUUUUUGCAUCCUUUUGGAAUCACAGAAAUAAAUGAGUAGGUUUCUGUUCUCAUAAGAGACAAAUGUUACUUAAUCAGGAAUACAAAGUACAGAUCUUAACAUUUUAGAGGAAGAGCACCUUGUAUAGUAAGUCUGAGUCAAGCAAGACUUUGUGAAUUUGUGACAAGUUUGCACUUACAAAAUCAUGUAAAUAUGUCACAUUUUGUUUUAACAUUAUUUUUCCAAGUGUUUAAGUAAUGUAGUGCUUUGAAUUCAGAUUUAUGUUUUACUUUCCAUGACUGAGAAAAGUUGAAUGCCGUGCCUGGUGAAAGGAAGCCGUCUCCCUUCUGUCCACUUUCCUAAGAGGCUAGAAAAGGGAAGGAGUGAAGGAAUGGCCUGCAGAAAUGAUUUCCUUGUGAUGAUGUCAGUUUUGACUGCAGGCUUACAUAUUCAGCCUUUGCACGAUCUGAAUUCAGAGUUUACUCAGUCUCUUUACCUUAGAGGGAACCUUUAUAAGUUAAAAUUUGUGAGAAGGUAUUAAUGUCACAGGUAGUAUGUCAGACUCUGAAACCUCAAGGCUUGGUUCUUGGCUUCCAUAAACCAGUACAGUUGUCAAGCACUCUGCUUGCAAUUUGUGGAUCCUUGCUUUUGCCUAAUCCCACUCUUCUUCCCUGAGACAGUGCAUGUGGUCCCAUGAAGGGUACGCCUCUCUGGGCCUCUUGUAUUACCAUAGCCUGUGCAGGCUGACAGUUCCAGCAAUAAUAUCCAAGUACUUCAUCAUUCAUGGGAACUUGCAAAUAGGUUUGAAAUACUAGUAUAAAAUUAACAGGGAAGUGUUAGCAAUGGGGUGAUUUGAACUAUGUGUGUUUUCUUGGGCAAGGAGAAUAAAGGGGCAAAACCUGUUAAAGUGAACCUAAAGAACUUUGGAAAAUGAUUUUAACACUAGAAACAAGGUAACCCCUCUUUUCCUCUUCUCUGCUGACCCCUUACCUAAUGUUCUAGUGUCAGCUGUUGAUGCAGGUAGAAAAGCUCAUUAAUGCCACAUUUGCCCAUUCUGCUCUGACCUCUCAGGCCUCUGAGGAGUAUGGAGUAAUCUUAUCAUCUAUUACUUUGAACACACAUGCAUAGUAAAAGUCAGACACCUUAACUACUUUAGAAGAUAUGUCCCCAUUUUGGAUUACUGCUUUCUGUGCACUAGAAAUUUCUCAUGUUAAGGGGGCCUAAGUGGAUAGCUAAGGGAACAAUUUAGAAAGGAAGAGAAAUUAGCUCCAAAGUUUUGUUGUUGUUUUUGUUUUUUUGUUUAUCUUUUUGUUAUUUUUUUAACCCUGUCUAUAAUGAUGGAAGAAGUUUUGAGACAUUUAUUUAGGUCAUGGUUAAAGAACAUUGAAAGAAAUCUACAAUUUUCAGAAUUUGGUGUUAAAAAAUCAGAUAUUGUCAGUGUUCAUCAUUUGCAUUUGAUUUCAAGGUUCCUAAUUUCAAGUGUGGAAAAAUAUUACUGCAGUUUAGUACAGUUGUAGUUGAACUUAAUAUUCAGGUUGUGAUAUUUAAACAUGCAGAACAGUGUAAACUUGUUAAGUCACAUUCCAGAUGAGGAAAAAGUAGGCAGUAAUAAUCUUCCCUUUGCCCCCAUUCAGCUGCCCACCCCUCCUCACCCCACCCUCCUCAUUAUAUACUCUUAAUACUCUCAAACUCCCUAAGGAACUUACUGCUUCACUAUUUUUUGUUUUUCAUUUAUGUUUUUUUUGUGGCCCCUGGCAAAUACAGGAUUGAUGCCUGUAUUCUAGUUUCAGCCAAGAGACUAUCAUGACCUCCUAACUUCCCUUUUUCUUCCAACACACACAUCGCUAAGAGAUAAGAAGGCUGCAAGGAUCCAGUGUUAAGAAGUGAGUUCUCCAGCCACGAACCAGUGGGAAACAGAAACCAUGGUUCUGUUCCCUAAUUUCCAGUAUACCCUGGUUGUUCCAGGGAUGGGGGUCGGGGCUUAAAAAGACCUGUUGCUGGUUAAAACUCUGCAUGCCCAGUUUCUUCAGUCCCCAUUUAAGUGGUGGGACUGAGGCCUGGUCUGCAUGUUGGAAGUAGUUGAGUGUUUCAGAACCAGCCACGUGCUAAACAUUAAUUACCAGUUUGAAUCGGUUGAAGGGAUUUUUCUUCUUAACACAUUUUCUGUCACAGGAAGUCUCUCCUCCAUCUUUCCCCUAAAUCUGAGGAUGGACAGACAAACCAGGAAAGGAGGAAAGGCAUCAGGGAUGUUCAUGUCCAUUUAGAGAGCAAACCAUAUUGUGCCUCUUCAUCUUGACCCAGGCUCUUGCAGAUAAAUCCUAAGCAUUGCUAUACACUAGAUUCUCUUAACAAAUAAUGCCCAGCUAAUAAAGUUUUUGCAUUUAUGAAUGCCCCUAAAACAUUGUCAGCUAGGUACACUCACAGCCUCAAUCUUGACCAAAUGAGAGAAUAGUUAGACUCUCUUUGGUUGGUAGAAAAUUUAAUACAAUCCACUUAUCAAUGUGUUUCAAAACAGUGGUUUCAAGUAGAAAUUCAUCUGAACUGAACAGAAAAAGAAAAAUUACAGUGUUGUGGCCCUUUUGAAAAUGAAGGAGUAGGAACAGGAAAAUCUUGAAAUUAUUAGAGUAUGGUAUGCCAGUACAUUUAAAGCAGUUUUUAUGUUAGGUUUCUGAGUUACUGAAAUUAAAUCUGGAAUAUUUCUAAUAAAAAUACUAAGCUUAUUUUUAUGGUUUUAAGUUGCACUGUUUCUAGUGACUAGUCAGGCAUUAUUAUGCCUGAUGCGUAUGCCUCCAGGGUAUGCAUCUCAAGCCUUCAGAUACCUUUCAUGGCAGGUUAGCCAGGGAAGAUAGCAUUAGCAAUAUAUAUCAUCUCAGGCUUACUUAUGAAUGUUCUAAGUUGUCUAGUAGAGAAGGCUCUCUGAAUCUAUAAGAACUUUUAUUCAAAUUCUCCAUCAUAUUAGACAGCCAGAUAACCUGUAGUGUUUGCUCUACUUCUAUUCCUUAAACCCUAUCUAUGUUCAAGACAAUGAAGCUACCUGUAGUAUUCUUUGUAAUAUUUUUAAAAUAAGAUCUGGCAAAUGGGAAUUUUCUCUUGUGAGUAGGGGAGGCAUGCAGAUGUAGCUAUUUUAGGAAUUAUCUCAGAUUUAAAUAGGCAAAGGAAGACCUCACUUCCUUCCAGGUGAAGGUGUGAAUUCAUGCAUAUUAAUGAUCUGCCAGUCAGCAUCCUAAUUGCUUAUUAUUGCCUUUCUCCGCCUUGAGAGUCCUUGAAGAACUCUAAGGGGAAAUGAUUUGUUAUAAUGAGGGGGUCUUCUCUAGUUAGCACACUGCUGUUUCUUUCUGGAACUCGCUUUCAGUGAGCAGUGCUAGGGUCAUUUUCUCUGGGACCUAGAGGUUUCACUUCAUGGCCAGGAGGAAAAAGUCUCCCCAGUGUACAACAAUGUUCUAAGUAAAAACUCGGCCAAGGAUAGUUUUCAGCUCAGUUUAUAGAAUAGUCCAAAGAGACUGUGAGAAACAUGAUGAUAGGCAGGGAUCUUUCCUACCAUGUUUCAAUACCUAUAUACCUAUUGAAGGGGAACAAUAGGUAAGCAUUUCCUAAAGUUGAAGUAAGAGCUUCAUAGAUUCUUGGUUACUUUAUUUUUUUUAAUGCUUUACAUUUGAUACAACUAUUAAAGAUCAAUUUUAAAAAUAGCUUUCCAGUAAUAUAUUUUAACUAAUAUAUAUUUUAAUAUCUAUGUAAAAAGUGACAGUGGUAUGUUUAAUGUAGGACUUCACUGUUAAGGCACAAAUUAUUUCAAAGGAAGUUACUCUAAAGACACUCAGAUUAUUUCCAGAAAAUGCAAUAAGGGGAAUCGUUUUGGAGUUUAUUUUUAUUUCAAAAGAAAAUUGACUUAUUUACCACAAGCUGUUUUUUUCCUUCUGGCUAUAAGGUUUGUACAGACUGGUUGGGUAAAUGAUAAACUUUUGUGUAUUUUGCCUUUUUAAAGGAAUUGUUAACAUUGGAAUUGAGGGUAUGUACAGAGAAGUUGGUGUCAACACCAUUUAAGAAGUCAUAUUUUUUCACAAAUAUAGAAAAAUCAUUUUACAUAAGAAUUUUAAGUAUUUGCAAUAAAUAUAUGUAUAUAGAUUGUGUGUAUUCAUAUAUUCUUAUUUUUCAUUUUAUGAUUAUGUAAAAGACAAAGUGAAAAUAAAAACAUCAGUGUGUUUGGUGAAUCUUAAGGUCUGGCGUGCACCUGAGAGUGGUGUGUCUAAGGCCCUAGGUUGCUGCCUGACGUCACUAUUGGAAAAUCACCACCAAUUAUAUAGAAGAGUAAAAUGGAGAAUUUGGUGAUAAAUAAAUCAGGGUCACAUGUUUCAGAACUCUAGCUAAAGUAAUUAGUUCUCCUAAUCUGUCCAUCUCUGUGUUUUCAGCAACUGUUCUGUCUCCUAAGCACCUAAUUCGGGAAAGUUAAAAAAAAAAACUAUACAUUCUUUUUUUUAAUGUACUCAUUGUUUGCUUCUCAAAAAGAAUGGUAAGACAAUAUCUCAGGUGAAAAAAUGGGUUUUCCUUUCUCCAGUGUUUCGUAAUUCAUUAGCAAACAUCACACACCGCCACUUUCCAGCCUGUUGGGAUAUGUGAUGAGAUGAUGUCAUGAAGAAAAUAGAAAACGUUUUCUGUUUCCCAAUUCUAAUCUGAGAAGCAAGUUCCGUAGCCAGUUUUAUGUCCUUCCUGAUCUGGAGAGGUAGACGGGCUAGAACUUGAAUUUUGAUCUCCCUAGUGCCAGGAAGGGCAUUUAUGGACAUGAGGACUGAGCCAUAUAUUAGGAGGGGUUAAUUGCCCAUAGGCCCAUAUCUAGAGGUGAUCUGGGCUACUGCUGUCCAAAAGAAGUAAUUCUGUGGUUAUAAAUACUUGGCUUUAGGAUAUGAUUGAGGAAGUAAAAUGAUACCUAGAUAGUCUUUAAAAAUAAAGGCAUAGAGCCCAUUCUUUAAAAAUGAAUAUUUGACUUACUCAUGAUCUGAAGAAAAGUUAGUAAGGUCAGAAUUUCAAGAGUGUGUCUUAAUGACCCAUCAAACUGACUUUUUAUUGUAGUUCUCUAAUUGUCUCCAUAAUUGCUCAGCUGCUUAUUUUCACUGAUAAAAACAGCACGUUUUGAAAAUGAGGAUAUAUAGAAUGCUUUUUAAAAGACAGCCUUCUGAUUUUUCAAAAAUUGAAAUUUCAAGCAUCAGAGUUGCCCAAAGACAUUGAAGAUAGUGUAGCUGUCCAAGAGAACAGCUUUGAAAUUUUUGUUGAAAGUAAUGCUAUCUAAAGGAAGUUUCUUAAGUCUCAGAGAACAUCUGUAUCAUAAUUCUCAUAUAUAACAGGUAGGAAUGAAGGUGAGAUAUUUAAAUGUGUGUGAACCAGUCCAUGAUGACCAUUUACAAAGACACUUCCCAUUUCUGGAACAUAUUUGUCAUUAUUUAAAUGGGCCUCCUACCUCAUCAGAAGUAAAUUUCAUAUGCAGGUAAUGACAUAGGAGCCUAAAGGUAUAAUUGUUCUGCAGUUGAAAGAGAAAGAACAAUAUACUAGAACACAACUUCAACUUAGAUCCCCAACAUUUCCUUUAUUUUUACAUCAUAGACCUAGAAACCUGUGUUCAUUCCUUUUGACACUACUUGACCACAAGUGGUCUUCAGAAAUCAGAGAUUUUGCAUGUUUCCAGCAGUUUUUGUGUAUAAAUCAUGUUACUAGUUCAAAUAUAUAUUGAGCACCUACUAUGUGCUAAACACUAAAGUUCUGGUUUUGCAGGAGUAAACAAGCAGCUAUCUAAACUAUAAAAGGUCUUCCUAAAGUAUAAACCAUAGAGUGUGUGUCUAGUUCAGGACUCAAGAAGUAAUAUAUACCACAUAUUUUUCAAGACAUGUUGGAAGUUUAAGUAUAAAUUCAUAUGGAAUAGAAGCAUUUCAUCCAUUGGGCAAAACACAAUAGCAAAACAUGCAUUAGCAAAAGCAUUGCCCCUAGAUGAAGCAAUGUGAAAGUGAGCCAUGUUAACAAAAUUUACCUUUUUUGACAACUACCACUAGAAGAACUAGAGUUGUUAAUAAAAAUUUCAAGAAAUCUCUUGUAAAUAACUAGAUUGAAGAGCGGGGACCAGGCCACUCCUUUCUGAUUAAUCUGGUCAGAAUGUCAGUAAAGAUGCUCUUGUCUUACUAACCCCUUCAAAUAACAGUCCAGUAAACAGUGCAGCUUCCUGCUCUGUUCAAACCCAAAAGAAGCUAACAGGGAUGAAAGAACAAUUUUCAGCUUGUCUGUUAUGAGAAGGAAGUGUAUCCCUUUGUUCUCAAUCGUUAAGGAGACACUGCACCCCUGUUUCUUUCUCCACAAUGGAUAAAGUUAUUUCGUGUUCUUUAUUCUAAUAUUGUCAAUUGGGUUUUUUUUCUAUCUCAUAAUUCACAGAACUUGGAUUAAAAGAUGUUUCAGUAGGACUUGAGCCCUUUUAGUGGCCUAAAUCCUAAUUCCUAUUUUAAGACUGAUAGAAACAUUUUAACAGGACAAAUCAUUUUUUGUCAAUACUUAUUCUUGAAUUUUCCUUAUCGUUAAUCUUUAACCUGGAUUAUUGGAUUUGCAACUCAAGUUCGGUAUGCCAAAAUAUUCAUGUUCACUUUUCAGUCAAAGAGGUAUUAGGUGUAUUCACUAUGUAAAGGAGACUCAACUCUGUCAAAAGAAGUAGAAAGUGGAUAUCCUGGAUUUUCCUAAUACUUGGUGACCUUACACAGCAGAUUGGGUUUCUUUCAUAGAGCUUCUCCAAGGAAUCUCUGUACUUCCAUAUAGUUGUCAGCCUUAAUCUAAAAGGGAAUCCCUAGGGAGAUUUCCUUAUAACAGGAAGUACAGUGAACAGUGAACUUGAAGAGAGCCAAAAAUGGUCAGCCUUGGAGAUGGGCUAUGACUAGACAGCGGGUUCUUCUGAAGAAUGACUUGAAACUCAAUUUUCCUGGUUCUUUAAACUCAAAAGAGGCUAGAGGAAAUUUUAGAACUUCCUGACUUUCAUCUUGACUGAAAAACCUAGAAUAUGCCUGGGGGAAAAGAAAGGUAAACCCAAGAUUGGAUUUAAGUUAGAUUUAAGUAAACUUUGAAUUAUUUUUAAUUUACCCUUUUACUGAAUAUAUUUUUUUAAGGUUUUGGGUUCCUAUAAUGUUAAAUGACCAUGAGUGCAACAUAGAAUUUGAUUUGGGACAUUUUAUGGACAAGGUAACAGUUUUCUGUGGAAUUACCUACUGGCAGCUUUUGCCACUGAUCAGGGCUUACGGUUGUGUACCUGUUAUGUGACACAGACGUUGGCUCAUGAGCACUGUUAAACCAACUUGAGUCAACACUUAAUAUUAACUUUAACCAUGGAUCCUGCUUUUAAAUAUUUAAAGUUUCAGAGUAGCCCAAUAAGAAACCGUGCAUUUAAUGUUAAUAAAACAUCUGAAGAUACUUUAGAACUGUUAUUUCACACAUAGACUAUGUCCUUCCUAAGCAAAUUGUGGUACAUAAAACUUUGUUUCUUGGGUUAGUUCCUUUCAAAAACUAGUGUCUGAUGUUUUCAGACAGUAGCACCUUGGAAAUUAUGGAGUUGGACUCUGACCCUGAGUCAGUAAUGCUCAUUAGGCUUUCAUGCCAUUGCAAUUUGAAGAUUUCAAUAGUGACCCCAACUGAGCCUAUAUUUAAUCACUUUGCACAAGCUUUACAUUAAUGAAACUUCGAGAGUCUCAAAUGGUUUUCCCCUUUGUUGCAUAAGAAGAUAAUAUCUGGGCUGGGAAGAACCUGAGAAUUUGUUUUCUGAUAACAAAUUACUGAUUGAAGGGCAAGUUUGUUUUUAGAGAACUCAUGAAAUUUCUAGAGUCCCAUGAAAAAUCUUGACUACAUGACAAAUAAAGGUAGAAAUUAAAAGCUCUUAGCCAUAAGUGUUAUGACCUAUUUUUUAAAAACCCAUCUUAAUUCUGUGACUCAUUGCACCACACCUUAAGACUUUCACCAGCACCAAGAGAAAUCGGAAAGGAAAAAAUGGCCUUAUGUUGGUCUUGUUCACUUUAAAAUCUUUGUGCACAUAGGCCUUAGCACUUUGACAUAAAACUUUCCCUUUUAGCUCCUCACUAUUGUCUUUAUUCCUCUCACUUUUAGACUGUUCCUUAAUUUGUCGUAUCAAGCUACCUUCUUCAGAAUUGAAUGUAUAAUAAUGUUUCUGCACAUAGACAAGCUGUAUUUUAAUGACUCAUUUUAUGUUGAAUAAAGGCAUACAGUUUUACUCCAG